GAGUAUCUGGAAGUCGUCUUACGGCUCGACAGCAUCGUCGUGCCAACUGCGCGUGCCAACUGCGCGUGCCAACUGCGCGUGCCAACUGCGCGUGCCAACUGCGUCUAGUCUGCGGACCGGUUAUGCUAUCCCCAUCUCAAUGCCCCCGUCGGCUAAGGGAGUAUGUGCCGGCAUCGAUUCAGACGGAUGGCUGCGUUCAGCCCAUCCUUCCCUCGUUGCGCCAUCGGCGAGCGAUUUGUGCUACCCCCAGCUAUGCGGGCUAUUUGCUGAUAAAGGCUUUGAGUACGUCCAUUGCCCUAUCAAGUCCCUCUUCUCCAACUCCACCGCCUCUUCCUCGCUUUGCGAUAGAAAGCUUGCUGUCAACGGACGGAGCACACAGACCAGACGCCAUCCGUACCCCACUGUCGUACGUCUUGCUCCUCGCGCAGUCAACGAGCUCAUAUCGCCACAGGCGAACCAGGCCGUCUCUCUGAUCACACACCUAUGCGUCUUUCUCGCUAGUCGCCUGCUCACAGGCACCGUCUGAGCGUGCCCCCAUGCCUCGGACAUCUUGUCGCGCUCGGUGCAUGGACAACCCACUCAUGACGGAGUCGUGUGAUACCUCUCCACGGCCGCCUGACUCCGGCGCUGACUCGUCGUACAGCUCUGUGGCAGUCCGGCGACGAGUUCCCUCGACUGUAUAUGUGCAUUCGGGGCUGUUUCCCAGCGGCGCAUAUAGCGCAUGCGCAGACGUCACAGCGUGCGCUGGCAAUAUCGCUGUGGCAGCCAACACCGCGCAAGGAAGAUCCCGAGAAUCUCGAAGGACGCAUGUCGGAGUGGUUAUCCUCGUGCCGCUGGGGCCAGUACUGUAGUACUUGGAGUCGUCAGGCGAUUGAGAGCGUUGCUGCCCAUUCCGAUCGGACACGCGGGUCUGCUGCUGUCUUUCCAGGAGCAGCAGUCAGCGCGAGGUCGUUUGCGAGGUGGUGCGCUUGCUCGUAUCCCUGUCAACCGAUCGCAACUGGCUCCGGGAAGGCCCCUCGCAGGCACCAAUAAUGACUGCGCAGUGGCAAUGACUCUCGUGGUACACUUCAGCGACUUGAUGCUAUUGUGACGUCGGUUCGAGGCACUGGCAGAGUGUCAGCAAGGCUUCACUAGUCUCAGAGUCCUUCCGCUAACUAUUGAUGAUUAUUAUCAUCGGCGGUCGAAGGGAUAUGCGAGGGACCCGCCUCAGCUGAACGUGAACUAGGAGCACUGACAUAUCAAACUACCCCACCGGUUUCAGAUCGCCUGCGAAUGGGUUGCGCUCGCAACAUAUGGAUCAGCUUCGGACCCCGCUCAACCCACGAUGUCCUCCGUCGCCAGAAUAAGCUCGGACUGUCCGACACCCUAUCCACCACAUUCCGAGGCCGUCUUCCCAUGUGGGCCCACCAGGCCAAUGGUCCAUGCCGUCACUCCGAGCACACAUCCGUCUCCGACAGGCACUUCGGAACGUUCUAGCCCUAGCUAACAGCGGGAUGGGCAUUGUGACACUCCGAGCCGCUGCCAUGAGGCGGAUAUCCCCACACGCUGUCGUGCGCUCCGACGGCUCCUGUGUACGGUCGUCCGCGGCUACUGAUGUGUAUAACAUUCACUUGGUGGACAGAAAGAACGAUCGAUUGUCGACGGAUCAUGUGUCCUCCGAUACGCGGUGGUGCGUCGUUUAGCAAUCCGUCGUGUAGGCAAGUGCCAUGUGCCUACACGACGGUGUCAGGCCGACCGCGCGGGCUUUGCUGUACGAAGCGCAUGUCAUUGCGCGUACGACCCUCUAUUCGCCGCCGGAUUGACGUAUGGCUCCAGAGGUCGCUCUGUCGUGAGCGCUGCCUCGAGUUCUGCCAUUUUCAGGGUCAGAAGCCGCAGAUACGUAGGGGCGCAGCUUCUAUAGAAGCGAAGGCAGGGGGUACCGAUCGCUCCUGUCGAAGCUCGACGUAUCCAGAAGGGCUACACGAGUCUACUGCUCCUCGAGCGCCGCUGGGUUGCAGCCUUCCUCAACUAUAUGUCUAUGCCCGGCCGUGUGUGUAGGGCGAACGCUCAUUUGGCGAUACGUAAGGGAUAGUCUGGCGGUUACCUACAGUCGAGAAGCCAGCUCUCACACACAUGUCUGAGCCUUCUCAACGGGUAUAGCGUGCCUCGCAGAGUUAGGACGACGCCUGUGAAGGUGUGGGCGCACCCUUGGCUUGCGCGCAUCCCACGGUGAGCUACCGAAACAAUAUCCUCAAGGAGUUCACGUGCAGGUCCAUCGGCCAUUGCGUCCUUCCUCUAUCAAGUCCCUGCAAUCCGUGGAUGCACAACGAAGCGGAACGUCCAGCCGCGUGUGUAGGAAUAUGUCAGUGGGGUGGAUCAUGUCGCUGAGUCUCAAUACUAACCUACGUCGAUAUCGACCUAUACCGAGACCGUCCGAUACGCUGAGGGGCAAGAAUUGCGCGAUGUGAAAGCAGAGUCUAAUUCACUAGGAACGUGC